GAGAUUUAUAUGAUGUCGAUAACCACUGGCUUCAUCUCACUUUCAUCUCACGAUUUUUCUCGUUUGUGACACGAGGGUAUAUGCUAUCAAUAUUUUUAUAUUCUGCUACAACGGUAUACUCUUCGCUGCCACCGUAUCGUUAUUUUGUCUGCAUACUCUGGUUUACAUAGAAUUACUCUUACAAACCCAUUACAAAAUCACAUCUCACAAUGCUUAUCCGCAUGCCCAUAAAUCUCCUCCUCUUAAUACCUCUCGCAACCGCGAAAACCAUAACUGUUACAACAGUCACGGAAUCGGCAAUCUCUCAGCCAACUUCCACAUCAUAUACCUCCGAUUCUCAAUUCCAAUCCGAUAUGGUAGCGGCGCAUAAUUUCUAUCGCGGAGAACAAAAUGUCAGUAACUUGGAGUGGAAUGAUACCAGUGCGAAAAUUGCGAGAGAUUGGUCCAAACGUUGCGUCUUUGAACAUUCUGGCGGACCGACAGGCGAAAAUCUAGCAGCUGGUUACCCCAACGCGACCUCCUCCGUUGACGCCUGGGGUCUCGAGCGCCUCAAAUAUUCGUACUCCUCUCCAGGUUUUAGCGAAGAUACAGGUCACUUUACACAAUUAGUCUGGUCAAACACCACAUCUGUCGGUUGCGCACGCACCAAUUGCGCAGGAGAAAACGAUACGCCGGGAUGGUAUGUAGUGUGUGAGUAUUGGCCAGCGGGGAAUGUUGUCAAUGGGGGAGGAGGGGAUAAAGAGGAGUUUUUCAGAGACAAUGUAAAAGAGCAGGUUAAAGGGGAAGCGAGUGAUACAGUGGAAAGCGGAGUUACGAGUGCGGGGAGUAGUAUUGCGGGAGGUAGUGUGGUGGGAUGGAAGGGACGGGAAGGAGAAUUGAGAUGGGGUGUCCUGAUGGGAGUUAUGGCUGUGGGAGCUGCGGGGUUAAUGUUUUAAGAUGUGCAUUUGGUCGGGUGUUUGGAACGGAAAAGGGCAAAUAAGGAAAGAUACGGAAAUGGUGUUUUGCUUAAGCGCGGUGUUUGGCGUUUAUAUUGACUCGGGAAAAUGGAUACAGAUACGUGAUCAGGCAUAGAGGAAUCAGUUUGGCAAUUUAUCUAGUCGGAAAAUAAUACCCCAUGAUAUAGAAGAAUGGGGCUACUUGCUCGAAGGGUUUGAAAAGUCACAAGCCAAAAUACUUUUUAAAUAUUUCUGUUCGGGUAUACAUACGACUUCUUCAUUCAUAAUUGAAGUGACGAUAUCAGUCUUUUGAGAAUGGUUAGAUGGAUCGGCGAUACAUGUAUUCGGCAGCGUAGAAAAUGAAGAAAAUAAAAGGGGGAAGAUGAGAGCGGGAUUCAACUUGACUGGAACCGAUCUAUCUUAUUUAAAAUCGUGACA